AUGAAGGGGCCAGAUGUUGCACUAGCAACUUCGGGCUCCUCUAAAGAAACCCCGUCUCCUAAGAAGGAGAAGGAACUGAGCCCAGACCUGGAGAAGGGGGAGUGGGAGAUUGUGGAGGGACUGAAGACUGGCACCACCGUGGAGAGGUCCACUCCCACCAAGUACGAGGGCUUUAUGCUGAAGAAGAGGAAAUGGCCACUCAAGGGAUGGCACAAGAGAUUCUUUGUCCUGGAGAAAGGGUUCCUGAAAUAUGCCAAGAGACUUCAGUCGGUUCAGAGAGGGAAGCUCCAUGGCAGUAUAGAUGUUGGUCUGUCAGUGAUGUCCAUCAUGAAGGAUGCACGAAGGAUAGACCUGGACACAGAGGACAGCAUCUACCAUCUAAAGCUGAAGUCACAUGACCUGUUUAACAUCUGGGUGUCCAAACUGCGGGAACACCGUCUGUGGCGGCAGAAUGAGAUCGCUUCCGGAGGGUCUGAUUCGAAAUACAACAGCGAUGUCUUCUCCACACCGCUAUCUCCUGAGACUCCUCCACUUAUAAGGAACCGGCGACUGAGCAUGCCCAGGACGAUGUCUCGCAGCAGCAGUGCGCUCGGCCAGGGAAGGGUGGCGGCCUGGCUCAUGGAGUCUGAGGCCAUGGAACAGUGCAAUAAAGAACUGUCCUCUGUGCAGACCAAGGUUUACCAGUUGAACAGUAUUCUACAGGAGUUACAGCGCCUCCAGUCUUCCCUGGACGACCAGUACAAGUACUUAGAUCUCUCGGUUCCGGAUCUGGCCUCCAAGAAGAAGAGUUGGCGUCUGUCAUUCCGCAAGUCCAAACACAAGAAGUCCAUGAGUCACGGAGGCAGCAGUACUUCCAGCACAGCGAGCGCCAGUAGUAACAGGAACAGCACAGGGGCGAUGUUGCCGCCUCCCUCGACACUUGCAGUAGAGAAGCAGCCUCACCACAUGUCCACCCCCAACAUCUCCUCAGAACUUAACGGAAAACUUGAGAAUGCAAAGAAAGUUUACGUUGCAGAGACGACGCCCACCUCGCCUACCAGUCAGCAGAGGUCAGAGGAGAUGAGACUCAGACAGGAGUUUGUCAACAAUGCAAAGGAAGUGUACAGCCAGUUGAAGGUGUUGACCCUGACCCUGAGGUCAGAGAGAGACAAGCUCCAGGAUGCCAUGGGACAGCAGGUCCUGAGUCCUGCUGGUCACGGUGGACAUGCGGACAGGCUGGGUACAGCGCUGGCACAGGCCCAGGCUCAGAAUGCAGAUUUGCGAGCUCGGUUAAACAGGAUUGCUCGAGAAGCAGACCUGUCUACGGUACAGACUCCAGGAGGAACACUGGAUCAGAAACCCCCCCUCCUUCAGAGGCAGUUCUCGGGAGAUGACCACCUCAGCCUCUCCACAACAGAGUCUGUCUCCGAGUUCUUUGAUGCAGAAGAGUUCCUCAUCUCCAGCUCAAGCUCAGAUGGGGAGUCAGAAGAUGAGUCUCUUGUCAGCGGCGAAUCAGAAGAGACGAUGGCAACUGACGACUCUACCACUACAGCCAUGGAAGACCCCAGUAUGGGACAGACGGGACACCGUGCCCAGCUGCCCUGCCCUAAACCAGAGGUCGGUGACCUCAGUAUCUGGAGCAUCAUGAGGAAGAACAUCGGCAAGGAUCUGUCCAAGGUGUGUAUGCCAGUGACGAUGAAUGAACCCCUGAACACAUUACAGCGGCUGGCAGAGGAGCUGGAGUAUUCAGAACUACUGGACAAGGCUGCUGAGACAGACAAUCCUUACGAGCGAAUGGCCCUGAUAGCAGCGUUUGCUGUGUCAGGCUACAGUUCUACAUACUACAGGGCAGGACAGAAACCCUUCAACCCACUACUGGGGGAGACAUACGAGUGUGUGAGGGAAGAUAAGGGCUUCAGCUUCAUAGCUGAACAGGUUAGUCACCACCCUCCCAUCUCAGCCUGCCACUGUAAAGGGGAGAAAUGGGUCUUCUGGCAAGAUGCAAGACUGAAAACCAAGUUCUGGGGAAAGUCCAUGGAGAUUAUACCAAUAGGAACUGUAAAUGUUUCCAUACCAAAGUACAACGACCACUACAGCUGGAGUAAGGUGACGUCCUGUAUCCACAACAUCAUGACCGGUCAGCGCUGGAUGGACCACUACGGGGAGAAGGUCAUCAAGAACAAGGACAUCACCUGUAGACUCAUGUUUCACAAGGCGAGUUACUGGAGUACCCGCUGCCAUGACGUGCUGGGUUCAGUGUUAGAUAAGGAUGGGAAGGAAGUGCAUCAUCUGUUCGGCAAGUGGCAUGAAGGGCUGUGGUGUGGACAUCCUCCCAGUGCAAAGUGUAUAUGGAGACCUGGCUCCAUGCCGGAGGAGUAUGACCUGUACUACGGCUUCACCAGGUUUGCAGUGGAGCUGAAUGAACUCACUCCAGAGCUGAGGAUGGCCCUCCCACCCACAGACACAAGGUUCAGGCCAGACCAGAGGCUGCUGGAGGAAGGUCAGGUUCAGCGAGCACAGAACGAGAAAGUCCGUCUGGAACAGAUGCAGAGACUGAGGGAACGAGAGAGAGAAGAGGGAGGGGUAGUGUAUCAACCCAGGUUCUUCAGAAGAGUGAAACAUGAACAGCACCACGACUCGUGGACCUUCAACAACACGUACUGGGACAUGAGGAAAAAUCCGGGAUUCUCCAUGACUGAGAACAUGAAACUGUGGUGACGACACCCUGUCCAGAUCAUACAUGUUAGAGCUUUGUCAGUAGGGAACAUUUUACACCUAGAUCUGUUUACAUGUACGUUAUGGAUAUCCAGACAUGGUACAAAUGUAGAACACUGUAGGAUCCAUCUAGGUCUGUUUAUAUUAGCCUCUACAAGGCUUCAGAGGGGGCUGGAAAGGGUAGAAAUUGGUCAAAAUAGACAGAUGACAUG